CUGUGGCGAACCUAUAGGCCUUCAGUGUGACAGGUUCGUGAUUAUGUUAGGACAGCAACCGUAACACCAGCGCACUCAAGUAGGAUAGUGCACUUUUUGUUUUUGUAAAGGGCCAGUGUUGUAGUGGAGGGUAUACGCAGGUAUAAACCUUUUUUUUCCCCUUCUCCAGUGGGCAUUGCUUAUACUCACUUCUUAAUCCCUAUUUAUGCGUAUCAACGUAGUGUAGGUAUACGAUUUAUCAAUUGUGUUGUACAAGAGCGAAAUCAUUCACAAAGUAGCCUACACAAUCGCAAAGCACGUAAAAUAUAGUCACAUGCGCGCUGGACACAGCCUAGUUUCUGCGGAAUAUCAUCUGCAGGCAGCAAGAGUAUGCAGCUCUCAGCUGGUUUUGGAAUGGAGCAGCUGACAGAUGAAUGACAUCGGUAGCAGAUUAAGAAGCAGCAGCAAGACAUCAUGGGUUUCCUAACUGUCAACAAGAUUGACUUUAAGGAGUGUGACAUCGUAACUAGUGAAGACAACAGGAAGUGGAUGAGGGAGAACGUACCUGAGGACUUCCGACCUAUGACGGGGGUCCCCCUGCCUCCACAGAUAUUUAAUGAAGAACAUUACUGUGGGAAUUAUGAGGCCUUCUUUGAUGCCCGUGAGGAGCAUGCAGUGUAUGCCUUCUUGGGCCUAACAGCCCCUCCAGGCUCCAAGGAAGCAGAGGCCUUGGCUGGACUGGAGCAACAGUAGCCGUAUGGUUUUGAUUAGCAGACCACAGUGCCCUCUCCUGUCAUCCUCCAUUCAGCUCUACAGCAGCUUGCCACUGCUCGUCUGGAAAACGUCUUCUCAGACCAAUCAUAGCGCUUUAUUUUGUUGUGAAAGGUAAUCAGAAUGGUAUCAAAUUUACCAAAUGUUGUGUUUUUUGACAAUACCUUUAAAGUGAUGACCUUGUACUGUUACAAUAGUCAAUGCUGGGCAGUAUCCCAUGUUCAAUAUCAUAUUGAAAUCAAGGCGGAAUGAGUGCCCAAAUACUAGGCAUUUAGUAGAUGAUAAAGACAUGCUUUGCACAUAUGAGAAUAUUUAAUUCAAUGAGAUAUUUUUCAUGUUUGAUAAUAAAAUAGUGUUACUUUA